AAAGCAGUUUUUUUUUUAAUGCCAUUCCUUUAACGACCAGACAGGUUUCAACGCCAAGACGGAAAACAAUGGCAGAACCCAACAAACAGGACAUCUCUGCUAUUUUCAAGCGACUUCGCUCCAUUCCGACAAAUAAGGUUUGCUUUGACUGUGCAGCUAAAAACCCCAGCUGGGCCAGCAUCACCUACGGGGUCUUCCUCUGCAUCGACUGCUCUGGGACUCAUAGGUCUCUUGGGGUGCACUUGUCCUUCAUUAGGUCCAGUGAGCUGGAUUUUAACUGGUCAUGGUUCCAGAUAAGGUGUAUGCAAGUUGGAGGCAACGCCAGUGCUAUCGCGUUUUUCAACCAGCACGGGUCCACAACCAGUGCUGCUAACGCCAAGUAUAACAGCCGAACCGCCCACCUGUACAGGGAGAAGAUAAAGACUUUGGCCACACAAGCUACCAGACGGCAUGGCACAGAGCUGUGGCUUGACAGUCAAGGUCCUCUCUCUCCAACAUCCCCAGAUGACAAGCAGGUGGAUUUCUUCAGUCUACAUUCACAGACGGUUCCUGAAAAUGUAAACACAGCCAACAUGUGUCUCAGCUCUGCGCCUUCACAGAAGCCUUUGCCUCUUGAUAAAGAUGAGCAGCAAAAUGGCAACAUAGACGAGGGUCCCAGUGUGGAAAUGCUGAGUGAUUCUCCAAAAGCAAACCCAGAGGCCUCCUCUCUUCUGAAAAAGAAACCUGCCGGGGCCAAGAAAACACUUGCUUCCAAGAAGGGAGGUCUCGGCGCUCAGAAGUUAAGCAGCCAGAGCUUCUCAGAGCUGGAGAAGAAAGCUCAGGCUGCCGACAAGCUCAGAGAGAAAGAGAAGAGCUCCCCUGCUGCCAAGAAGAAUACUACACCCGAGGAGUCCAUUGUCCCAUCCAUGCGACUGGCCUAUAAAGACUUUGAGCAGCAGAGAAAAAUUGAGGACCAGAAGUUUAAGGGGUUGGAGGGGAAGAAGAAAGAGCAGGCUGACCGACUCGGCAUGGGUCUCGGCAACAGGAGCGGAGUUUCUCACUCGGUGACCUCAGACAUGCACAUCAUCCAGCAGGAGAGUCCACAUGGAGGAAAGAGCAGCAAAGGACGACGGUUCACCGAUGAAGAGGAGGAUGAAGGGGCUUUCAGCUCAAGUAGGAUCCUCUCCCAGUUUGAGGAGCAGACAGACACCUCGGAUAGUUUCUUUAUGCGUUGGGGUGAUGGAGGUGAUCAAGGAGGCUGGAUGAAGGAGAGCAGGAAACCAGUGUUGGACUCUUACCUGUCCUCCGCCAUAACUUCACUUGAUGACAGACCCGUAGCCAGGAGGAAAGCAGAACCACUACCAGUAUCGGAUUCAGGAGAAGCUCGGAAAAAGUUUGGAAAUGACGUCAAAGCCAUCUCGUCUGAUAUGUACUUUGGAAAACAAGACAACUCCGAGUACGAGGCCAAAACUCGACUGGAGAGGUUUUCUGGAAGUGCUGCGAUAAGUUCAGCAGACCUGUUUGAUGAUCCAAAGAAGCAGGCAGGAGGUUCGUACCGCCUGAGCAACAUGGUGCCCAAUGCUCCGGACAUGUCGCAGCUCAAACUCGGAGUCCGCUCGGUCGCAGGAAAACUGUCGGUCAUGGCGAGCGGCGUCGUUAGCUCAAUUCAGGACCACUACAGUUCUUGAGUUCCUCGUUACGUAGAAAACAUUUCUGGUGAGUUGUUGGGAUUCACCUCAGCGGAGACAGACGGGAGCAAGUCCACAAAUUUACCAAAUAAAAAGUGAACUCAUUGGUUGAUUUGUAUACACAUGAAGGACUGUACAUGUAAAUGAGUUGAUCUCAACAUUUUCUGUGGAUUUCUUUAUCCUCGAAGGGAGAUUUCUGUGUAUAACUUUUGAAGACUAUAUAGUUUGCUUUAUAUCAUUUCAUUUGCUUCUUUUGGGGGUGCAGACAUUAAGAAAAGCUGUAUGUAGCAGUGUAGGAGGCUUUGUGGUUAUGAAGUAGCAGUGUUCUUCAUGAAGUAAGGGUUUCGCUGGAUUCCUUUUGAAGUCUAUGUGGCGAGAUGCUCCAGGCGUCCUGCUGUUGGCUGGAAAACACUCAUCACAUAUUCUUAGUACCGUCGUUUGAGGCGUUUCACAUGCAAACUCACACAGGUUUGAAAGUGUCCUUUCCGACCCAAAAGUGCACUUACAUUUGCUCCUCCACCGGCUGGACCAAAAGCUGAUAAAGAGGCCUUUUAGAGGACCAGACUGGUUUUUCUUAAAUGAGUGUGCUAUCAGUUAUGUGAACUGAUUAUUGAUGGUUCCAUUAGCUGAAAACACUGUUUUUGUUUGAAUAGCAGCUUUUUAUUUUGUUUUGAGGGUGUGGAAAUGUAGUUGGAAAAAGAUUAAAUUAAGUGCUAAAGUAGCAAUCAUAUGCUUUAGUUGAAAAGAAAAAAGCUGGACUCCUGGGUGAUGAAAACUGUGCAGACAGAAACUGUUUGCCCGGAUACUUUUGAAGUGAAGUGGUACCAGGAUGCAUUUGUGGUAAUUUAAGGGUCUUUUUAACACGUUGCAUAGCAACUCUGUCUCUAGACUCACUCUAAGUCCUUAAUUUGGUUAAAAAUAAAUAAAUAAAGAAUAUAUUAGUGAGGAGGAGUGAAUCAGUGUCAGUAAUCGAAUCCAGCGUACAGAUCUGACCUUGAUUUCAUUUAUUGGUUCAGCGAUUCAGUUUUUAAUGGUGACGCCUGUGGUAAUGUCUCCCUUCUCUUCUCCAUCUCCUCUUUUUUUCUGUCAUAUUGACACUUUUUAAGGCAAAUAAAAAGUAACCAUGGACCAACAGUUGAGCAUUCCUCAUAAGUUUUAGCUCCCAUCCCAAUAUCCAACAUGCAAAACAAAAAAAGGCUUGGUAGAUUAAAAAGAAAGAAGACUAUCAUCUCAUCUAAUGUUGUUUUAUGUUGGUUUUUUUAUUUUCUACAAUUUCUUUGAAAUUAUGCUAAAAACAAACCGUUAAGCUAUUAGAUUAAUUUGCACAAGUCUGCUUGAAGUCCUUUGCACAAUAAAGACAUUAUUAUUAACAUAAGAUGAAUAUUUAUUGAUCUUAGAGUUGUGCCUAUAACGAUGCUUUAGUUGGUAAUCUUAAAAAAAAUGGUUUGAGGCAAGGAUUUUGUGUUACGUUCAUGUUUUGGUUACUUUUAGGCUUCAUAUUCACUUUAACAUGAAUGUGAGCCAUUUCCUUAACAGCUUCCUUUUUUCAUUCUUUCUAUAAUUCUCUUGACUGUGGCAUAUGGCCAAAUUUCCAACGUUAACUGUAGUUAAAUUACCUUUUGAUGAAAAUGUCGAGGAACCACAAAUGGUGCCGCUGUCGGUACUAUUUAACAAAUUGAGACAUGCUAAGUUUUCCAUAAUGUUAGAAGUAUACAUCGGUCAUAAGAUCAUUCUGAGAUUAAAUAUUUGCGUACUCCCUUCACCAUAUGCCAUAGCCCUAAGAUCUUUGAUUGACACACCCUAAAUGCAAUACUACAGAGUCAUCCUAUUACCUAUGUACACUUAAUUGGUUUGAACUUUGCACGUGGCAGCUUGAGCUUGGAUGUACUUUAAUAUUUGCCUUGAAGUUGACGAUGCCUCCAUGUUUAAUUUCUGGUUGUGUUUUUUUUUUUUUUUUUGUCUUUUUUGAAGAUUAUAUGGUCUUCAGUUUGUUAAAGGAUACAAUCUGAUAUUUUCUCACGGGCUAGUUGCAUGCUGUUUGUAGUUUGUAGACAAAUCUUGGAUACAAGAUGGAGUUAUACAUUUGUUGUGUAGGAACUGUAUAGUUUAUUAGGAUAUAAAGUGCUACAUACAAAGUUGUAAAUGGCUUGAAAGUACAGUUUAUAUAAAAAAAAAAGCUACUGAUAAUCAAAUUUUGACCAUUUUUGAAACUCAAAAUGUAAGUAAGAAUUUUGCAAAAAUGCCAAAUAAAUGGGAUACCCCCGAAA